CUAUUUGUACCAUGGUGCAAAUAGUUACUUUCUUCGUACACACCGUUACCGUUCACCGUUCCUUAGCCUAGCUUUCUUUAGCACAAACAAACUUGUGUCCUUGUGUUUACUUGUGUUGUGACUCUUGUAGAGUAGAAGUUAACAGAGAGAUUCAUAAGCAGUCGUCGUCUUACCUGAUCGUGUUUUUUUUUUUGUUACAUAGUCGCUGGUUCCUUAUCUUUGGAGUGGACCUCUCAACAGUGGACAGUUCGUUUUUAUUGGAAGUAUGUCUUUCAGUGUGCCCCAGUUAGCGAGUGUGGAGUUUGGAGUGAAGAGAUUCCUACUUAACCCUGACCAUUUCAACGAACCAUGCCAACUAUUUGACAAAAUGACAGAAGAUGUGGAAAUAGGCGCAGCUGGAGUGUUCAUUGGGGAGUUGAGUCACUUACCACAACAUUCGACAGAAGCUCAACUUCGCCAGGUCAACACAAUUAAAUCAUUCAUCAUGGAUGACAGAAAUCAUCAGGGUGCCAAACGACAGUUCAUGCCAGUAGUGCAAGAGCGUUCCUGCCUGUGGGAUGAAUUUGGCUCACUGAACAUUACUACUCAGGAUCCAAAAUAUAUCCCCCCGGAUUCAGAGAUGUAGACCACGCACUAAAAGGAAGAGCGUACUGUGAGAAGAGAAGAAAAUUUAUUGAUUUACUCGUAUCAACAGACUUCUGUAAUCCCAAGGAAGAAACCAAACUGGAGAUAGCUAUGAAUUCUGGAGGUGUUGAUGAGGUCCUUGAUGAACUGUACAGACAACUUGCUGACAAAGAUAAUGAAAUUUGGUAUGGUCCUGGCGUCUCUCUGCCAACAGGGACGAGUUUUCAAAUCAGUAAGGACCUCAACUUAAGUAGAAUAAAUUCGCCCCAUUUAGACAAUCUUGUAAAUAUGAAAAAUGUUGAACAAACUAGAUUUGAAGGCAUAAACUCCCCAACUAUAUAUAUAGGCACGCAAAGCAGCACCUUUGGUCUGCAUAUUGAAGAUUUUGCCUUUGAAUCAAUCAAUAGAUCAUUGGGAGCAGCAGAAAAACUUUGGUUCGUAGUACCACCAGCGUAUUAUGGUUCUUUCUGCUUAUGGAUGUCAAAGUGUGGGGUACCUCCAGAAGUGUCAAAUUGUCCCAGCUUCCUUCAGCACAGACAAAAUUUCAUCGACCCUCGGACAGCUGUGAAGGCAGGCUUCCCAGUUCGAACUGUAAGACAGCGAGUUGGUGACGUGGUUUAUCUCCUUCCAUUUGCAAUUCAUUGGGGAGUCAACCUUGGUUUUACGUUGAAUGAGGCUGUUAAGUCGUGUUCCAAGUCGUGGCUCCAUUCAGGGUUGCUUUCCAAGCCAAUGUGCCAAUGCCGUUCAUUGCAGAGCAAUAUGCAACACGUGCAACUUGACAAGGCGUGUUGGUUUCUACUGGGGCAACACAGGAGAUGUUACAAAAGUGGAAACAUGGCCAGCACCUGGGAGUUAUGGCCACACUUGACUUGAGAAAUCCUUAUAGUGCUCAGCCAGGAGCCUGUCCAACUGACAUUUCUUUGCUUCUUGGAACUGGUCAUGAAAAUUACGUUCUGGAUUGUAAGGAGGUUACCUCCACCAUGGGCCCAUUUGCAGGCCACAAGAGAGGCCAAUACAUUGGUGGCAUAGUGUGUUUUGAUGAUGACGAUGAAUCAGAUGAAG